ACGAUUCGAAUUCCGCAGUCGCAUCUUAUUCGAAUCCUACGCACUUCAAAAUCCUCACAACCAGAUCCGAUCCAACAAUAAAAAUACAGACACAUCCAACCACAAUGGGCUCAAUCUCUACAAACAAAUCCCACGUCCCCAAAGCCGGCGUCUGGUGUCCAGCAGUUACCUUCUUUGACCCAUCAACUGAUGAGAUAGACCUCGCCUCACAAUCCAAAUACUUCACCUACCUGUCAACCACCGGGCUAGCAGGUCUGGUCAUCCUCGGGACAAACUCCGAAGCCUUCCUGUUGACCCGGGAAGAGCGAUCUCAAGUUAUCUCGACAGCACGGCAAUCUGUUGGUCCUGACUUCCCGCUUAUGGCCGGUGUGGGCGCGCACUCGACGAAGCAGGUCCUAGAGCUUGUGCGGGAUGCGAAGGAGGCAGGGGCGGAUUAUGCGCUUGUCCUGCCACCAGCGUAUUUCGGAAAGGCGACUGAUAUGAGUGUCGUGAAGAGGUUUUUUGCGGAUGUUGCACGGGACUCUCCGUUGCCGGUAGUUGUGUAUAACUUCCCGGGGGUGUGCAACGGGGUUGAUCUUGAUUCCGAGACGAUCACUGCUAUUGUACGGGAAUCGAAGGAGAGCAGGGCCGAUGGGGUUUCGAACGUCGUUGGUGUUAAGUUGACCUGUGCUUCUGUGGGGAAGAUUACCCGUCUUGCUGCUACGUUCCCUAAGGAGGAGUUUGCUGUGUAUGGUGGCCAGUCUGAUUUCCUCAUUGGAGGGUUGAGCGUGGGUUCUGCGGGCUGUAUCGCGGCAUUCGCAAAUGCAUUCCCCAGGACCGCGUCUAAAGUAUAUGACCUUUACACGACUGGGAAAAUUGAUCAAGCGAUUGAACUCCAAAGAAAAGCAGCCCUGGCGGAAAGCCCGGUCAAGAGCGGUAUUUCGUCGACAAAGUAUGCGGCUGCGGUUUUCACGGCGCCGUUGGCAGGAAUUGAAGGAGCGGAAAAGAAAUUGAAGCCGCGGACGCCGUACGGGGAGGCUGGUGAAGGAGUGAAGAGGUCGGUUAGAGAGGGGAUGGGGGGUUUGCUGGAGGUCGAGCAAAGCCUAUAAGUUCAAGCAGUUUAUAGGGUUAUGGGAGGUUAGUCUAGACUGCAUGUCACGAUAGCUGUCAGCGAUUACUAAAUCAUUUGGGAAAGCACAAAUUCAGAACAAAGUAACCUUUCAGACAAUGCCAUUACGGUGUAUAGAACUCAACGUCAAAGAACCGACGACCCUCAGUCCAGAGGACGGGGUAUUCACCUGGUUACUCGACCAGUGCUGGAAAGCACUUUUCUCAUCCCAG